AUGGCGAUCAAAUUAGAGGGACUUCUUCAUAAAUGGACCAAUUACAUUAGCGGUUGGCAACCACGAUGGUUUAUUCUUGAUGAUGGUACACUUAGUUACUACAGAAGCGAAGACGAGGUCGAUAUAGGAUGCCGGGGAUCAUUUAAAAUGACCUCAUGUGAAAUAUCAACAUGUCCCACAGAUUUAACUCGAAUAGAUCUAUUCGUUCCUCCGGGUCAGUAUAUAUAUGUAAAGGCUACAACGCAAGCUGAAAGACAGAAAUGGUUAGUCGCUCUGGGUUCGUCCAAAGUUUGCAUUGGUUUGGGAGAGCAACCUAGUAGUUCCCAAUCAAGAAACAUAAGCGUAUUGAAGUUUAAGCUGGAAGAAGUACAUCAUUACCGUAUUCGUUUACUACAGCAAGUGUAUGCAUUAAAAUUCAAUGUAACGCAAGAUCAAAUUGAUCAGCAGGCAUUAGAUCAAACUGCAACCAAAUUAUCUGAUAUGUGCGACGAAUUUUUAAGUAAUGUGGAUUCUUUUAUGCAAAUUUUAGAAGCCAAGCAAGCCCCACCAAAUGUAAUCAACACUGUAAGUCGCAAAAUUAAGCCAAGCGGAAAUAAAAUUGUUUCAGCUAAUGCCAUCGAUACAAAACAAACUCAACAAUCGUCAGUUAACGGUAAAGUUAGCAACGAAGAUAGAACUACAUCUGUACAAAGAAAGGAUGAAGCUAAUGAAACUUGUCAAAGUGAUAUUACAACUUCAAGCUACCAAACUCAUACACAUAAUACGGUAAAAGUGGAGCUUAAUGUACAAGCAAACAAUAAAAAUACAUCACAAGUAAUUGCAAGUAAAGAACAAAGUAAACCAAAGCCGUUAACUUUUUUUUCUGUCAAAUCAAACAGAUUCGAUUUGAUAGUAUUAGGCGCUGAUGGUGGAAUUCCAUCACAACCUUUUCUAGCUGCAUGUACUGAAAUUAUUAGCUUCCUUGAUAUUAUUGGUCCAACCGCUUUUGCUCCUGUAAAAAUUGAUAUUAAUGGCAACAUUAAGAAACUACAACAGAAAUUUUAUAGCAAAUCAAGCGCUUACCAAACCCUGCAACUUAUGAUUAUGAGUGAAGUAGAAGCAAAAACAACUACUGUGAAAAACUCAGCCACGGAUGCUCUCUUAUGGCUGAAAAGAGCGCUAGAAUUUAUCUAUCACUUUCUUCAUCGAUUUUCUAGUGGAGAGCAAGAUUUAGUUGCAGCUGCAAAUUAUGCAUAUGGCAAAGCAUUAAAACGAUUUCAUGGAUGGAUGAUAAGAGGAGUAUUUUCGCUGGCUUGCCGCGCUAUACCUCUUCGCAAGGAUUUAAUUAUAGCUCUAUCAAGUAUUAAUGGACAACAAACAGUUGCAACAGAGAAUGACGUUAUAGAAGAUAUCAUACAAUAUUCCAAAUCCCUCGGAUCCAUUAUUGAUAUUAUAAAUAACUUUUAUAAGAAAUUCAAUUUGGAUCCCAGUCUACUAAAAUGCAAACAAGAUCAAAGAGAAAUGUCAUAG